AUGAUGGGCAAAUUUAAGGACAGAUUUAAGACCAAGAAGAAGGAUAAGGAUUCACAAGGUAGCGGAAACUCUUCUAACGGUCAAACACAGUCUAAUACUUCCAAUGGGUCAUCUUCCACAGUCCUGAGCUCUCUGAGCACAACUUUGGCUAGCGGUUUGAAGCGUGCCGGAACAAAACAUAUUUCCAAAGACAAAAAAAACAAGGACAAAAAGGAUACAUCUUCCUCUACUGCCACCAAUGCUGCUUCCAGUAACAAUUCUCCUGCGCCUAGUUCUAGAGAUCUACAGUCUGAUGAUGCUUCUCUUAAAAAUGGGGCUAACCCAGAGGAUGGUUCUGCUAAUGUAAUACUCGCUAAUAGUAACGCAGACCUGCCUGCCGUCAGCAGUAACGGUAACAGUUCAAAUAGCGUUCCACAAGUGAGUAUUACUGUUCCAGCCGACGAUAAGAAUAAUUUAUUAUCUAGCAACAGUUUGUUAUCAAACUCUCCAAUCAAUAAUGGAUUGAAUAUGAACAGUAAUAACAACAAUGACAAUAAUAAUCCUAAUAAUAAUCCUAAUAAUAAUAAUAACAUGCCAGAAAGUUCAUAUCAAGAUGGUAUAGAUAAAGAGGACGAAGAUAUGACAAUUCCUCGCUCAUCUCAUUCAUUUGAACGUCUACCUGCACCAGCAAAGAUCGAUAAUGACAUUGAUUUGAUUAAGACUCCUAAACGUCAUUCAUCAUCAAGAGUCGAGCCAAGUUCUCAGAGACAAACAUUUGAGAAAUUGCCUCUGUUUGAUGAAGUUUUACCAGAAGAACAAAUUGAAUUGUUCUUGAAGAAAAUCAAACAAUGUAACAUUAUAUUCGAUUUCAAUGACCCAAGUGAUGACUUGAAGGGGAAAGAAUUGAAACGCUUAACUUUGCAAGAAUUAAUUGAGUUUAUAUCUUCGAACCGUUUCACUUACACUGAUGAAAUGUACCAUAGUGUGGUUGAAAUGUUUAAAAAGAACUUAUUUAGACCAAUCCCACCGCCAGUGAAUCCAGUGGGUGAUAUUUACGAUCCUGAUGAAGAUGAGCCAGUCCUGGAAAUUGCUUGGCCUCACAUGCAAGUAGUUUACGAGUUUUUCCUUAGAUUUGUCGAAAGCAAUGAUUUCAACCAUCAAAUGGCUAAGCAAUACAUUGACCACGACUUUAUCUUGCGUUUAUUGGAAUUAUUUGAUUCUGAAGACCCUCGUGAACGUGACUGCCUCAAAACCACAUUGCAUCGUAUUUAUGGGAAGUUCCUUUCUCUUCGCUCUUUUAUUAGAAGAUCUAUUAACAAUGUCUUCUUGCAAUUUGUUUAUGAAACUGAAAGAUUCAAUGGUAUUUCUGAGCUUCUUGAAAUUUUGGGCUCGAUUAUUAAUGGUUUUGCCUUGCCAUUAAAAGAAGAGCAUAAAAUAUUCUUGUGUCGUGUGUUACUCCCCAUGCACAAGGCUAAAGCUUUAUCUUUAUACCAUCCACAAUUAGCUUAUUGUGUAGUGCAAUUUUUGGAAAAAGAUCCUUUGUUAACUGAAGAAGUUAUUAUGGGAUUACUCAGAUUCUGGCCAAAAGUUAACUCUCCAAAAGAGAUCAUGUUCCUCAAUGAAGUUGAAGAUGUAUUUGAAGUUAUUGAACCUUCGGAAUUCCAAAAGAUUCAAAUCCCAUUGGUCGUUCAGUUGUCCAAAUGUAUUACCUCUCCACAUUUCCAAAUUCUGGAGAAAGUUCUUUGCUUUUGGAAUAAUGACUUCUUUUUGAGUUUGGUCACUGAGAAUGCUGAAACAAUUCUACCAAUAGUUUUCCCUGCUCUUUAUGAAAUCUCCCAAAUAGGUAGCUUCCAGAACCUGGAUGGCUCUGAUCUAGUGAUGGACCCAUCCAAUCCAAACAAUUAUCUUGAUAAUGGAGGUUAUGACUUUGGCUAUGGUGGAGGUGCUGCUGCCAAUAAUUGGAACCGUACGAUCACCUCUUUGGCAUUCAAUGCGCUCAAACAUUUUAUGGAAAACAAUCCAAUAUUGUACGACCAAUGUACAAUGUUGUACCAACAGUCAUUAAAGGAUAAUGAACAACGCGAAAAGAUUAAGAAGGAAAAUUGGAAACGUUUAGAAGAUUAUGUGGUAGACCAUAAUCAUACACACAAAGAUGCGAAAAUUGAAACAAUAAGUCAGAAUGUGAAUGAAUUGGAAUUGGGUAGUGGUGGGGAACAAAAAAUGGAAGCUGCUCAUUAA